AAAUUCAACAAGACAAAAGUAGACAGCCAGAAAUCUACGAAAUCUUAGAAUUCAGAAGGCGUGGGUUUAUGCAGGAUAUCUUGGAUAGCAAGACGUUAGUGUUAGUUUUAAUACGGACACAAGUGUGAAUAUGACAUAAUAUUCUGGAUGACAUCGCAGACAGGCCAGACAAAAAUAAUCGCCUAAAGGCAUUAUUCUAAUUGUAAACAAGGAGAAGUAGCAUUGCCACUGUUGAACGAGUACAGAGUCUACAAGGACUAUAAAGGCGAAAGCGAAGUCCGAUUGCCAAGACUUUAUUACGCAGUUGCAUGACUCACAAGCAGACUUUCGCAACCAAGAAAUGCUCCAAUCCAACGAUUGUAACGUGGUGGUAUGUCGUGAUCGUAAUUGCAAGCUCUGCUCGACUUCGAACACGGAUACCGUGCAAGACCAGGCGUACAUAGUAUAUACGUGUGAGAGCACAAAUUGCAAACUAUGUCGCGAGGAAACGGACGUACUUUUGGAUUUGUUUUGUCCGUUUAACACAGUCGAGGACAUUGCGGAAAUGACUGGGAAAUUAAACAACAUCACCGAAUGGAGCCUACUUGUUAAUGAUGGUGUUACGGCCAAGACAGAGUUUCAAGCGUACGGCACCGAUCUGUGUACAACUGAGGGAAAAAUUGAUCUGCCUAAUUUGCAGGAACAAAGUUUGGAUGGCUUUCAAAUGUUACGUGCAGUCUUGCCGAACACUCCUGGACAAAUGAGUGACAGACAGGGAACUAAUCUUGAGAUUAUUCAGAAUUUACAACCAGUUGAUGAAAGUUUGUUGACGAAUUUAGAGAGAGAACUUCAAGUGGAUCAGUUGGAAGACCUCCCAGAACUGAUGGACAUUUGUGAUUUUAUCUCGAGAUAAGACGAACAUAACCACAAUAGAACUUGUUUUUCACGAGCUGGGUGUCAGAUGGAACAACCAUGCACACAUUAAACUUAUUUAUCAUCCCUUGACGAGCUAGGUGUUCUAAGGAAUAACUAUGCAUAAUAAAACAUGCGUACGAGGCCUUCAUGAGCUGGGUUUUCGAAGGAAUAACGCCAACUAUAACUUGUUUAUAACUUCUUGAUAUUUCUUGAUGAGCUAGGUGUUCGAAAGAUAUAGCCACCAACAUCUAGGAAUAUUUUGCGAACUUUGUGACAUUGGCUUCUGCCAGUCACUAUGCAAGACAAUUUUUAUGAACGCAACCAUAAGGUGAAGUUUGUUAAAAUGAUGAAAUAGCACGAGUUUACAAACUAGUUCAACUAUUUUGACGAUUUGCUGUAGGGCUGUAGAACAUAGUUCUUGGUUUGUUUUCCAAGAAAUAUGACAUAUAAUACGACGGUUCGGAUGCCCUGUAGCGUCAGGAAUUUUAACUGAUGUCUGCAUAUUUGAUCAAUUUUUUUUCCACGGUUUACUCGCACGUAAACACUAGUUCAAUUUCUGGGUGUGGCUACAAUACUAGUUUACAUGCACUUUCAAAGUUCCUGUGAUCACAGUACGAAUUUUGCAUAGGUUAAUUCUAAGUUUCGAAGGAUUUCUAAGAAAUGUUUGAGGGAACUGGCUCAGUGUUUACUGUAACACUAUAGGCUGAUUUCCAGUGUUACGUUUUUCGUACGCACGUACAUGCACGUAAAACUUUGAAACCUUCUAUUUUUUAAAUGUUUUACAAAUAAGUUAACAAAUGCAUACUAAAACUUGCGAAACACUAAAUUCUGUUGCUUUAUCUAUUUGGUUACUUCACAAGUAACAUUGAAACGGAUUUAAGGUUUUACGUGCGUAUACGUACGCAUGAAAAACGCAACAGUGGAAAUCAGCCUUAAGUCAGUUCCCUUCAAACAUUUCUUACAAAACCUUCAAAACUUAGAAUGUGCCUAUAUGCAAAAUUCCCACUGUGGUCACAGAAACUAGUUUGAUAGUGAGACUGAACCAGUUUUUUAAAAUGGUGUGAAUCAAUCAUUGCAGAGACUGCAUGAUUUAGUGUAAAUGUCAACACCGAUUUUUGUAUAUUUACACCCAAUUAGAAAUUAAGGCUGCAUUCCAGUUACGCGUUUUUCAUACGUGCGUACACGCACGUAAAAGUUGAAUUCGCUUAAAAUUUUGUGCAAAUAACCUUAACAAAUACACAUUAAAUCAUACACAAAACUGAAUGCUGUCCUUUUAUAAAUUUAGUUAUUUCAUAAGUAGGAUGUAAAGCGAAUUCAACUUUUACGUGCGUGUACGUACGUAUGAAAAACGCAUAACUGGAAUGCAGCCUUUAGUUAGAAAUUAGUGUUACAGUUGUUUAAAUACACUGAUUGGGUGUAAAAGUGGUGUUCAUUAACACAUAAAUGGUGUUAACAUUUACCCUAAAUCAAUAUGUCAACAAGGCUGCAGUGAUUUUCACCAUUUUGGUGUUACAGCAAUUGAGCAACACCCAGAAAUUUAGGGUGCACAGACUACGAAAAUCGUUAAACAAAAUGGGGCAACCCGCGUAUAGUCAGGGGAUAAUAUAUCUUCUUGAUCAUAUUUCUUGGAAAACAAUUCCUCGUCAUAAACUACUGGGGGUUAGCGCUAAUUAAUCUAUCUUUGAACAACCGACGCCUGAAGGCUUCGUCUACGCCAUUAUACAGAUUCGUUUGAAUUCGCAAACAUUUUGUCACGAUUCGCUUUUUGUCCACACUCGGCAAAUACACCUACCAAAAACGCAAACGGUCUCUAGAGCGAAAACAUUUGAAGAUGUGACAUGACAAGGUGUUCGUGUGGUCGCGUGGAAACUGACGAAAACGAUGACGUAACAGUCGAGUUCGUUUAUGUGUGGGGACGAGGCCUAAUUAAUAGUUUGCUAUCGUGGUACAGGCGAACCUAAAUAGUAAUAUUAGAAUAUAGUUGUAUCAAAAUCAUAUAUGGAUACAUACAAAGCUGUAAAGAUUAUAAUAUAAGACGAUUGUGAUACGCAGGAUU